UCUAUGGUCAUUGGUCAGAGUUUAAUUAUUAUUCGUAAACACGUAUUUAUUAUUAACACUAAAGAUUUAUCAUAUUAUUCUUGGUAAAAGGGUUCAAAAUAGUGCUAAAGCCUAAAAGUAGGUGUUGUGUGGCUUUACAUUUGUGUUACCUUCUAUAGUGCUUAAGUUAAAAUAUGUCGAAGAUUUGCGAUGAAAUAAUAAAAACUUAGAUCAAUUUGAAAAUGGCAUACAUCAUCCUAAGCGGUGACACACUAGGUGAACGCCAAUUACACCUAAACAGACUCGUCAUAGAAAGUAUAGAUACAGGAAAGGCAGCACUCAUCAUUAAAAACCACCCUGAAAAUACCGUCAUUGACAAAAUUUUCAAAAUAGAUCUAGCAGUUAAAAAUAAGGAUGUCGAAUAUAUUCUAAACACACUAAAGGAUCGCAAUAUGCUUUAUGUAACUAGAGCCCUCAAAUGUGAUUGGCUUUUAGAUGCAGAGUAUAGUGACAUUAUAAAUCCAAGGAACUUAGAAGAGAAUCUGUAUGGAGAAAUGAUAAAACCAGCUGUUAAUAAAAUGAAACAUUUCAUCCAGAUUAAACUGAAAAUUCCCCAACGAUGUGAAGAAUUUUAUAAAUAUUACAAAUCUGAAUUUAAUGAAUCAAUUAAAUAUAUGAGACACUGUUCUCCUGAAUGCAUUGCCGAACAGGUUGCUUGUAUUAUUGAAAAUUUGACACCCAAUCACGUAGAAAUAUUAUGCAAACUUAAUCCAGAUGUUGGCAAAUUAUACUUUGAUCUGUUGAAAGCAAAUAGAGACGCGUUAGCACGAUACCUAGAAGAUGAGCAAAAUUAUUUCGACAGUCUGAAACCUAUUUUAAAAUCUGAUGGUCAUACAUAUUUAGAUCUUGUGGAAUGUUAUUUUAAUGUUGAAAAAAUCCAGCGUCUAAGUGUGUCAUCAUCUAGAUUUAUUAUGCAAAAUUAUAAAGAAAGAUUCAUGCAAAAAUGCGAGAUGUACACUCUUCAAAUUCUGAAUAUAAACGCGGUUGCACAAUGUUUAUCAUCUGAAGAAUGCAAAGAGCUCGUGUUGAAAUUGGCCAGGUCUCAAUACCUUGAACAUUGGUACUCGUAUCAAGGAGUAGAGCCUCUUAUUAAACGCAUGAAGCCAGACGAACGGAGUGCCUUUAAAAAAAGAGUGUUUGUUGAGAAGAAUGUUGGCGAUAAAAUUACUGAGUGGCCUUACCCUAAACCGAUACCACUCCAACUUAGUAAUGAUGAUGAUCAUGUGUUUAAAGAUGUAGAACAGGAACUUUAUUUCGAUUUUGAAUGUGAAGAUUACUGUGGGAGACCGAUGUUACGUAAACGUAAGUUUGUUGCGAUGAGAUGUGGUAGUGGUCAUGCUUUACGCAAGACACCAUUAGAUACACUUUUCGAUCGAUAUCGCUUCAUUGGCUUUACUCAAGCUUUCAAUGAACUCACCAACCGCCUGCAAGCCGAGAGUACGAUACAAGGAAGGCAGAAUAUAAUGUUAGUUCUUGUGAGUAAAAGCGGUGGCGUUAUACGGCGAGUUGAGACAUUGCUGAAGUUGCUUGUAGAGCGUCAUAUAAACGAACCGAGUAACUUACGAGCAGCCAUUCUAAGGUCUCUCGUAAAACGGGUAUCUUGCUGGCGGUUACCUGAUAACGUGUGGAGUCUUAUCUUAAACUUUGGCCAUGGGUUAGGUCUUGACGGAGUCAUGGGUGAACUGCUAUGUGUAGAAGGCCUGCAUGCCUCAUUGCUCCACUUUAUAACUAAUGGAAUUAGUCCCCCAAAAAUAUUAUUGGAUUCUUAUAAAAAUAAUUUUUCAACGUUUCAAGAUUAUAAGCUAAAUACAUCAGAGAUAUCGUCAAUUGAAAAUCAUUUGCUGCCAUUGCUUCUGCCCGAUUACCCAAAGGAAUUUGUAGAUUUAGUCACAACAUACAAAAUGAAAGUCAAAACAAUGCCCGAGGCUGAUCGUAUACUGACAGAAGCGGCGCGAAAUAAUCUUGAGUUAAUAAACAAAUUAUAUGAUAGUCGCAUAGCUCGUCGUCAACUUAUAUCGCUAACAUUUCCAAUCAAGCAAAAUGAGGCUUCAUAUAUAAACGCUUUAAGGCAUAACGUUGCUUUGUUGGAUAAUGGAGAAAGCUUUGCGAAAUUAGUUACAAAAAAAACAGCAAACCAUGACCGUUUCCUGUCGAGCUUGAUGAUAUAUUUCGGCGAGACUAACGGCUUGGCAAUGAAGCAUUUAUGUGCUUUAGAAAAAGUAGCCAAUGAGAAGUUGAGGCCUUCAUUAGCUAGGCCGUUGGCAAAGUUAUCUUCUGAUCAGAUGCUGCUGGAAAAAUUGAAAAAUCUGAAUCUGAUAAAUAAAGAAACUCGCACGUUCGCAGCAGCAUUGAAAUCCAAUGCACAUAAUACGAGUCCAUCUGUUAAUAUCGAUAACGUUGACUGGCGCUUCAUAGGCGCAAAAGCAGUCGCCAAUCGGGUAUUGGUUUGCGGAAGCAAUGCUAAAGAAAAUUAUAUAAAAUCUUGUCUCAAAUUGAACACAACAGCUAAAUUGGCGCUGAAAGCUGCAUUAUGUUCGCCUCUUGAGGUGGAAGCAUUAAAAAAUAUUGCUCUUAUUAAACCAGAAGUUGCAUUAAUGGUUGCCCUAAAGUAUUACUUCCAGAAGAGUUAUAAGAUGAAUGUGGAUGUUUGGGAGAUCCUUAAGGAUUUACUCUUACAUUUAGACACCACAAAACUAUCACCCCAACUACAAAGUAAACUAUGUCUGCCGGAAGAGGUGCCGGAAAACAUCGAAGCCAAUUACUUUUGUACAAUUUACCAAUCUUUUAAGAAAACAAACAAAGAGAAAUUGAUAAUCAUACUUCCAAAUAUUGAGAAACAUAUUACCGAUAUUGAUGAUGAAGUGGUUCGUGAAAUUAUAUCUGAUUUUAUUGAAAAAUGUACGUACAAAGAAAACGGCAAAGAUUUUACGAGGCCUGUGAUAAGUAGGAAUUUACGAAUUAUCGCAAAGUAUUUGCUAUUAUCGAAGACGACAGACAUUCAAUUUUAUAAAAUCGAGAAUGUUCUGCAUCCAUUAUUUGAUCGCUUUGAAAGUGUUUGGACUGAACGCGAAUCGGAUAUAUUAGAAUAUAUAAAUGAAUUCUUGCAGAAUUUGAAGUAUACCAAAGCAUUUAUCGAUCCACAAUACGUAUCAGUCCUUCCAAUGUUUGAAAAUCUUAUAUGUCGACUUCAAAAAGUACUACCACGAGUACAAAAUUUCGAAACCUACGUAAAAAUACAUUUAACAAUGCUUUAUUUCAAUUCAAUAAGGCACGCUUUAUCCGAAAACAACAAUUUAUUUAGAGAAAGAAACAAAACCAACGCAAUGAAGGUCGUCGGAAUUAUAUUAGGAGAGAACAUUGGAAGUGAAAUUAAAGAGCUGGCAACAGAAUACUUCGUUUCCAUUAUACAUGUGUACAAAGAUGGUUUGUGCAUCUUUUUGAAUGAAUAUUUCCCCUGUAACGAGGGAAAAAAAGUCUUUGAAAUGUUUCUCAUUAAGGGUAUAUUGAAAAAAGAUUACUUAGAAGCACAUUUGUUAGCGCUGUUUGUUUUACAAGCACAAUGUCAUCCGCGCUAUGAAUACUACAGUGAAGUAUAUGAAUCCCUUAAACAGAGCAAGUACCAAGAAGUUCAAUUCUUUAUUAAUAAUGAAGUAUAUUAACAUAUGUUAAAACCGUAUUAUAUUAAAACGUAUCCGUCCACACAAGGGAGAUUCAUCGGCUAACGCCAUGGUGUUUAUUUUAAAUCGCUGCGGGUAAGAAUUGUAAAAUUUUAAUCUCAUUAUUUUACCGAAAAAGUGGAAAAGUAUGUGUAUUUUGGUCAAGAGGUCGUAAUGAGAAAACAAUCAGGCUAACGAAAUUGACAGGCGCAUAAGACUGGCGUGGGCAGCUUACUCCAAACUCAAGUUGGCGUUGAACAUGAAAAUCAGUGCCGACAAAAAAGCUCGUAUUCACGACCAGUGCAUCUUGCCCGUGCUUACGUAUAGAGCUGAGACUUGGGUUUUUACUGAAAAGAUGGCAUAACCUGAAGGAGGCCUACCUUAGAGGUUGACAACAGCUAAAGAAGAAUUUUACCGUAACGCGUCUGAAGAACUACAAAUUAAAAAUUAAUUUUUUUGUCCAAAUGACAUUCGAAGUCGGUGCCAGAACUUUAUACAUUAUACAUACUGUCCAUGUAUGUAUGUAGUAGCGAAUGUUUACAACAAUGUAGACGGGCACGGAUAGAACCGCCUCCAAGUCUUCUCGGAUCGGACUCGCCCGAAUACACUCAUAAGUAAACUCGGAUAGUGAAAGACCCGCUUGAACGCCUUCCACCACCACCUUGUGAGGACCCAGCCAGUCAUACCUUGGUAGAGACCUGUUUAUAAAAUGACUGAAUAAUUUGAUAUAAUUUAAUAUUUAUUUUAAGUAUACUUUAUUUCUUAAGAAAACGUUUCUAUUAAAUACAUGAAUAAUAAGUUUGCUAAACACUCGAUUUGGGAAUAAUACCUUUAAUAACAUCGAACUUAGAUUAAAAUGUUAAGUACUUUCUUAAGUAUAUGUAAUUUUCGUACUUGCCAUAACAAUACAAAUAUGCGUUAAGCGCUUAUAUGCUUAAAGCAGAGAGCUGAUGAGAAAACGUAAGGGACCUAGACUCUACCGCGCGAACGAUGUAUGAAGCAAUUAGAUUUAAUCAACAUGCUAUGGAAUUAAUGAAAAUGGAACUGGCCAAAACGGGUUCUGAGGAUCCCAUACCUCCCAUCCCCCAUGCGCAAAUCAAAACACGAAACGGAGGAAACCCACCUAAGAGCAAGCAAUUCCGGUGCCAUCAAUGAGGUUUGUUGUCCUUAGUUUGAAUGCAGGUGAUGCUUGGAGUCAUUCUCCAACAAGAUGGACCGAUUAAAUUAAAAAAUUCAUCCAAAUUCUCUACAGUUGGAUGUCCUAUGGAGGCUGAUGAUCCGCUCCAGAUGCAGGCCUUAUGUUGAUCAUGAUAAAUACUCCAGUCUAAAGCAUCGCUUUCGAAUGCCUACCCAGUCGGGUUAGAGGCCGCUACCUUCCUGGGACGGCCUGGGCUGCUUGGAGUUGCAAGAUGAACCGACACGCUCAAUAAUCCAAUCAAGAGACUAUUCUAUUCUUCAUAUUGUGGCAUCUGUGAGGGCAAUUACAUUUCAGCCAAUGUAGACCGCCAAGCUUGGAGUAUGUAUUUGGUCGGUUUUAACAUAUUUACCAGUGUUUAUGGUAAGUGCGUAAGUAACCCACAUAAUCUUAAUAUAUGCUAUGUAAAAAUAUAUUUAUAUCUCAACUAAGUAUUAUCAAACUAAGAAUAUAUUCUAAAUAAAAUCAUUAAAAUUUGA